AUGGCCUGCGAAACAGAACAAGUUUUGAAGGAGCUCUGCCAAAAAGUAAGUCGUUGAUACCUUUUGCUUGAAAACAUAAUUUUGAUAUUUUUAUAGUUUUUUGGUGCUUAUAGGUCUAUUUUACACUGAAAACGUGAUAUAGCGGUAGAUUCAUUGCUAAAACUGUAAUUUUCAGGUUGAAGCGUCGUCUUUGGAUUCUUCAUCUUGUCGGUAUGGACGUGACGAUCUUCUGGACAUUCUCUACAUCAAGUCUGACGAUGAAUGGAACCAGCGUGGAAAGAAGGCGGGUUUGGCACCCAAGGAACUCAAGUUUUUGAAUCGGGUUCCAGGAAAAAACUACGACGAUAUCAGAGCAUUGUAUGCUCGCAAAGGGUACGUGUUUUAUUUUGUUUUGCAUUUUAGGUACGAAUCUCUGAAAAGAUUGAAAUAAAUAUGGGAACGAUACUUUUGGGAAAUUAGCGGUUUUUGUUGUGUUAGGUUAUUGCAGUAGGCGGUUGAGCUUUAGAUGUCAUUUCUGCUUGUUUAGGUAGAAAAAUAUGCUGAAAAUUUGUGAGACGCGGCUCAAUACUAUAGCUCAUCAUAUCACAAAGUUUAAAGAUAACGCGCAUAUUAAUUUUCGAGUUGUAUCUUAUUUUAAGUAACUACUAGUACUGAAUGCUAUUACUGAUGAGAAAGUUAUGGUUUCUUGAUGAAUGUGGAUCAUAUAUACCUAAAAUUUACUGAAAAGCUUUACGAUACCACUGUAAACGAUAAUGUAAAACAAAGAAAGAAAUUUCUAUAUAAUUAUUUAUGCAGUACAUUGUUUUAGUUGACGUUAACUAUCUCAUACUUUAACACAAUAACUCAUUCUUUUUCAGUCAAAAAGUCGAUGGUUGUGGAGACAGACAUCAGUGUAACAUACCAGAAGAAGUGUUGGCUCGUCGUACAAAGGAGUUGGACAAGGGCAAGGACAAGAAAGUGUACCGAAAAUACAUGGAAAACGUGCCAUAUCACAAGCGAGACCGUCAAUGUCCACAAACGCCGAAUAAGUAUCAAGAAUGUUCAAGAAGGGCUUGGGAUGCGGCUGUCAAACAAUGGAAGCUGGAUCUUCAUGCAUGGGAAGCACGAUUUGAUGGUACUGAAAAUGAUGAGAAUACCGUUACGAGCCGCAGUUCUACUGCUAAGGUUGGUUAACAUAGUGGAGUGAAUGGUUUUUAAGGAAUUUGAGCUUGUUUUUUGGAUGUUUUAUGAAAUUUUAGGUAAUAUUUAGCGUAUUUGUUUAAUUUAGGGCAAUUUUGGCAGGUUUUUUGAUAUUUUUUGGAAAUUUAGGUAAAAAGUUGCUUGUAACAUUAAUUUUUAGGUAAUAUUUUGCCUAAAACAGAAAGUUUCAGCUAAUAUUUUGUCUAUAAUAACAUUUUUUCAGUCUGUCGAGUCAGAGAGCACUGAGAACACGAAGUCUUCACAAGAAUACUAUCAUUCUCCAUCAUCAAAGGCCAAGUCCACGUCAAGUGGAAGCCAAAAACCAGACAAAUCUUGUCGGUUGAUGUGAAUAAUGACCGUUAUGUUCUACGUUUAUUAUUCUUUUGGAUCUUAUUAUCAUUCUUUGCUUUUAUUUCAAUAAUUUUCGACUUUUUGUAUAAGGGAUUUGACUUUCGAUUCACUUUUUGACCUGUAAUUAUUAAUAAACAAAGGAUUUUGUUGUUAUUGGCUUGACUAUAGUGGUUUUAACCUGGUAUUAGUAGUGCUGACUUGUUUUUUUUUUGGUUUUUUUGUUUUUAAUGUAGAUAUUGAUGUUGUUUUAGGCUUACCUUGUGGUAUGCUUUGGAGAGGUGUAAAUAUAUUAAUGGUUUUCGACUUUUUUGGAAAGAAUGUGAAAUUUAAAUGAAAUGGGCGUUUUUUGGAAAGUUUUUGUUUUUGGAAAGAAAGUUCUUGUUAUUUACUUAAUUUCUAAAAGAUUUGGUUGAAGUUUGAUUUGAAAUGUUACAAAUUGCAAAAACUUUCUUUACAAAACGUUAAAUGGCAGGAACUUUUUUUACAAGGUGAAAAAUGACAAGAACUUUCUUUAAAAAACAAAAAUGACAGGAACUUUACUUACAAGACAUAAAAUGACAAGAACUUUGUUUACACUUAUUAAAAUUAAAUGGGUUUGCUCUAUACUCACAUUUUCAGGUACCCAACUGAAAGUCAUGCGUUCUCGAGCACAAUCAAGACAAAGAGACCACACACCAUCUAGAGACGAACGAAUUCAAUGGCUUCAAGAGGCAAGAGCUGCAUAUUCUGUUGGGUGAGUUUAUAUUGAUAUUUUAUGUUUUUUGAAAUGAAAAUGGCAAGAACUUUUUUUACAAAAACUAAAAUAACAAGAACGUUCUUUACAAGCUAAAAAUGGCUAUAACUUACUUUACGAAACAAAAAUGGCAAGAACUUUCUUUACAAUAAAAAAAUGGCAUAACUUUCUCUACAAGGCAAAAAACGGCAAGUACUUUCUUUCCAAGACAGAAAACGAAAAGAAAUUUCUUUACGAAACAAAAAGUGACAAGAACUUUGUUUACAAAGCAAAAAACGACAAGAACUUACACUAUUAGUCGUUUUUCAGGCCCACCGCUCGAUCCAGAGCGAAGUCCCAGUCUCCAGCACGAAACAAGAUGGGUACUAUCACUCCACAAAAGCGACAAAAUGUGUUUCAACGAUCGUUGUUUGACUUAUAUGAUCAAUCCGAUGUCAAUGUGGGCAGGUUGGAGGUAUGAUGAUCAGGGUUGGCCACAGGGCGGGGCAUGGAAUUGAAAUGCUCUGUAUUGGGCAGGGCACUGAGCAUAAGCUUGAAAUGUAUUGAGCAGGGCAUGGUAAAUCAUCAAUGUUUUGAUGUUCAUGUUCAGGUGUUGGUACAAUUUUUUUUUAUUUCAAAAUUUAAAAAAUUGCCUGAAAAUGAAAAAAAUGCCAUAAAUUUAAAAUUUUGUGAAUUUUCAGGCCGAAUUCCUGAACAUGGACCUAAGCAAGUCGAAUAAUAUGAAGAAGCUGACCACUUUUCUGGAGAAACUUCAGAAUAAAGUGGAAAAAGAGCCCGGAAGCACGGCGUACGGUUCAAUCGAACAAAUGGUAGAGGGCAUUACUGUGGCCAAGAACUUGAAUUUUGUAAGUUUUUUUUUAAAUUCGGGUUGCUUUAGGCUUAAGAACAGGUUUAGAAGCUUAAAAUGUGUUGUUUGUUUUCAAUAAUUCAUUUUAUUUCAGUAUAUGGCUAAAUACAAGAAUCUGGACGAGCAAUGUCAGCGCAAAGUGGCAAAGCGACUCAACUCUGAUCUAAUGAAGCAGAUUGCCGAUCAACUUCAACAAAUAUAA